ACCUAUUUAGUUGCUUUUUUUUGUUGGUUUGUUUGAUUAUGUGGAAGAUCACAUGCCCGAUGGGGUUAAAGUUUGAGUAUACUGUCAAGCUGGGAAGGUAAAUCAAGGGAAGUUUGCUCUAAAAGUUGCUGUGGGUACACUCGGGUUGUACAAAGACUAUUUUGCUGUGCCUUAUCCUCUUCCCAAAUUUGAUAUGAUUGCUAUUCCCGAUUUUUCUGCUGGGGCAAUGGAGAACUAUGACGAGCAACAUUCUGCAGCUUCCAAUUAGCAGAGGGUUGCAACUGUGGUGGCCCAUGAACUGGUGGACCAGUGGUUUGGUAAUCUUGUGACAAUGGAAUGGUGGACGCAUUUGUGGCUGAAUGAGGGUUUUGCCACAUGGGUAAGCUACUUUGCAACUGAUAGCUUGUUUCCAGAAUGGAAAAUAUGGACUCAGUUUCUUGAUGAAACUACUGAUGGUCUUAGGUUGGAUGGCCUUGCAGAAUCCCACCCAAUUGAGGUGGAAAUCAAUCAUGCUGCUGAAAUCGAUGAAAUUUUUGAUGCUAUAAGUUAUAGGAAAGGUGCCUCAGUUAUCCGCAUGCUACAAAGCUAUUUAGGUGCUGAAUGCUUUCAGAAAUCACUUGCUUCAUAUAUAAAAAAACACGCAUACUCAAAUGCGAAGACAGAGGACUUAUGGACUGCCCUUAAGGAGGGAUCUGGUGAACCGGUGACUAAGCUAAUGAAUACAUGGACCAAACAGAUGGGGUAUCCAGUUGUCUCUGUCAAAGUUAAAGAUCAGAAGUUGGAAUUUGAGCAGUUACAAUUCUUCUCUAGUGGUUGCACUGGGAAUGGGCAGUGGAUUGUCCCGAUAACAUUUUGUUGUGGGUCAUAUGAGAAGAAGAAAAGCUUUUUGUUGCAAACUAAGUUGGAAACUCAUGACACAAAGGAACUAUCUUCUGACAGCAAUAAAAGUGCUUGGAUAAAGCUUAAUGUGGAGCAGACUGGUUUCUAUAGGGUGAAAUACGAUGAGGAACUUGCCACCAGACUCCGUCAUGCAAUCGAAAACAAAUACUUGACUGCAAUUGACAGAUUUUGCAUCCUGACGAUUCAUUUGCACUUUGUAUGGCGCGCCAGCUGCCUUUGACUUCCUUGAUUACCUUGACGGCUGCCUAUAGAGAGGAACUC